AUGAUUACUAUUAUUAUUAGAUCCAAGUCAUGGACCGACCACACCAACUAUCCAAAGGAGAAGGUAGUACAUUACACCAGGCCCUAUAUGAAAAGACAGCAUUCCGCCUAUGCACAACAGAAACUUAAAACAGUGAUGGAGCGGUGCGAGAAAAUCCCGCCGGAGACGUACGAAAGCCGUUUCGAGAAAAUGAACGGUAGACUGUAUCUGCCCCACGUGGAUCACGAUGGCAAAUCGCUGGGCGAUAUGGAUUACGUGGUGCCUUCACCGCCAGAACGAGAUAUCAGCAUGAAGCCGCAGUUGACGCAAGCCGACUUGGAAGAGUACGCCAGAUCGUAUCAGGAACCGAAGUACUACGAAGAGAUGAAGCCCUUAACGGAGGACUUCAUGGAGUACGCGAGAAACUACGAGGAUUCGAUGUAUCCGAAGCACGAGGAGAAUAUGCUGACGCACCUUCAUCACAAACAAAUAUCCUACGCGCAAUCCGAAGGAUAUCAUAGCUACGUCAGUAGCACCGACUCCACCUCUACCCCCUUCUUGGACAGGCUGAGACGCGACAGUGAAGUGGUGGUGCGCCCUCAUUCUUCCAACACUUGGGACGAAAUCUCGCAAGCCGACGAGCACAGACAAGGUAGAGACAGUGUUGUGACGACCAGCUCUGGAAGUGCCUCCAGCAGCGAGACCCUCAAGUGGCACGGUUCUAUGAGUGACGUGUCGGUGGUGUCCAGCAGUUCUUGUACCAACAACUCGAGACAAUUAAUAGCGCACAGUGCCAGGGUGCAAACGCCGCAACGGCAUCAUUCCGAGAGUGUUUUGUAUAUGGGAGGUGAGGCUCACGAGGGGUGGAAAGAUAGGGAAUGUAGGAACAACAACGCGAAUAAACUGAAGUUGUUUCCUGUUAAUACGUAUACGGUGCAGAACGAUCAUCAGCAAAGUAAUGGGAUAAGCAACAACAGUAACAGCGGCGGAAAUAGGUUAUCCCUAUCGAUGCAGUCAGCUCUCUCGGUGGCAGACCGAAUAUCCGAGCUGGAAAAGCAACAAAAAUACUCAUAUCUGGACCCGGAGAAAAAGCACAAGGUUUCUGAUCCUACACUGAAAGCCAUACAGAAAAAAGCCCUCCUUUCGUUCUACGAAAGGCACCACAACAAUUCGAAAAACAAUCACUGGAGAUCGGAGCCGCAGCUCGCCCAAACGCCGCAACCCUUGUCAAUCGUGCCGCAACCCCCUCCGAAGAUCAAAGUGCAGCUGCCUUCGCGAAGAGCUUCAUCAGCUUCGGAUUACGCCUCCGCUAAUAACUCGAAGAGAAGUAGCUUGGCUUCAACUGUAGAGUCGAAGACUACAGAUCAUUUGUAUAAGAGUACGGCGAGACAUCAACACAGCAACUCUUGCGGGAGUUUAUCAACCGAUUUACUAGGACCUGUGAUUAUGGGGCCGUCGAUUUCUGUGGAUGAUUGGGUGCCGGAUAAACCCCCUGAAAGACCGCCGAAGAACCCUCAUCUGAGACAAGCUUUUCCGGAUCUGUUUCAAGAUAGGAGAGUGCCGAGUCCUGAUUUACCGCCUCCUUCCCCUCCAACGGUUCUGGAGGACGAGGUCAUUACUUGUGAUGAUCCUUUACCCCCUCCACCACCUGAAUGCGAGACGGAUUGGAAGCCCGAGUUCAACGAGCGGCUUAAGGAGAAUGCCGGUCAUCAAAAAGCAUCACCGCAGGUUCAACAGCAACAGCAAUCUAAAUAUUCGCCUAUUAAACAAACCGUGGGACUCCCAGAACGGUACGCCAGCGUGAGAUCCUCCAUUAAAACUAAAACGGGCGAGCAAAUUUUCCAACAAGUCAGCAGCAAGCCCUAUCACCCGGAGAAGUUGAAGUCCGACAAGCCGGAACACAUCCUGGGCUUCCCGAGCCAAAAGGGCUACGCCGAGCGAUCGAACACCAAGUACCCCACAACGCAAAAAUUAGUGCUGAACGGCAGCAUCGCGGUCAGCCAAAAAGUCAACGGCAUCUCCGAUCAGUACCGCCCCGAACCUCUACGACCGCACAACAAGAAGCAGAUGGCUCAGCAGAGGUCCUCCAUGACAGAAGUUGGGUUGAAGGAGUCGCCGCCGCCUCUGAAACCGAGGCAAAUGAGGAUCAAUCAGAGCAUGCGGGCCAGGAUUCCGCACGAGAGAAGCCAAAACUCGAGAAGCUCGCCCUCGAAGGAGGAAAGAAUGAGAGAGAUCCGCUCCAACUCAGUGUAA